UUGGAGGCCAAGAAUGCCCAUGCAGUCUUGAAGCGGUUUCCUCGAGCCAAUGAGUUCCUGGAGGAGCUGCGCCAGGGGACCAUCGAGCGCGAGUGCAUGGAAGAGAUCUGCAGCUACGAGGAGGUCAAGGAGGUGUUUGAGAACAAAGAGAAAACGAUGGAGUUUUGGAAGGGGUACCCAAAUGCAGUCUACUCGGUCCGGGAUCCAUCGCAGAGCUCAGAUGCAAUGUACGUGGUGGUGCCCCUUCUGGGGGUAGUCCUCCUGAUUGUCAUCGCCUUGUUCAUCAUCUGGAGAUGCCAGCUGCAGAAAGCCACCCGCCAUCACCCUUCCUAUGCUCAGAACCGGUACCUAGCCAGUCGCGCCGGGCACAGCCUCCCCCGGGUCAUGGUGUAUAGGGGCACUGUGCAUAGCCAGGGGGAGUCCUCUGCGCAUCGUGAGGUGGGGAGUAACCCACAGGUAGUGCUGGGCAGCAGCCGGGGAAGCAGAGCCACGGUCCGGCUGGAGAGUACCCUCUACCUCCCUGAGCUCUCUCUCUCCAGACUGUCCAGUGCCAGUCCUCCCCCCUCUUAUGAAGAGGUGACUGCUCCCCAGGAGGGCAACAUUGAGGAGGCCAGUGUCUCGUACACUGACCCGCCCCCAAAGUAUGAAGAGAUAGUGGCCGCCAGCCCUGGCACAGACAAGUAGUGGGUGCGUGCCCUGGCCCACACGAAAGCCUCUUUCAUGGGCCUCCCGUUUUCUUUUGAACAUUUGAAAGACUGUGCCACCACAUAACAGCCUUAGCCUCCUUGUUGCCAAAUAAUUCCCUAACCGUGGAUUUUUAGGAAGCCAGUUGGCACACACAGGUGCGGAGGUGGGGAGUACGGACCAUGCAUGAGUCAAAGCCCACUGGGAAGAGCGUAGCUCCUCUAGCGGCCCCCCAACUUUGCACCAACCUGUCCUCCUAUUGGGACUGGCUUCUCUGAUGCCAAAGGAAUUACUCCACUCUGUUGGCUGUGGCCAGAAUCUCCACAGGCUCCACCACUGGGACUGUGGGGCUGCUUGGAGAUCUGCCUGUAUCUGCAGGCCUAGGCCAUAGAAGCGAGGGAGAGAAGCCAGGCCUACAGUACCUGUGUUCCUCAACAGUUCCGAGCUUUCUGUCCUUGCUUAUAUGAGGACAGGGACCAGAAUUGAUCAAUGAGCAGAGCAAAACAUGUAGUAACAGAUGAACCAACAAUGGACACCCUAGAAUAAAACAAUAGCACCUGGACCAUUCACAGGUGGCCAAGGGCAACCAGUUGGCCAUAUCUGUGGUGAGACUCUCCUCCAAGCCACACCCCCACACUCCUGACCAGGUUGAAAGUAAUGUUUGUAGCAACCUGGCAGGAGGACAGAGUGUGAAGGAUGCAGGGCAAAUGGCUGGGUGGCAAAGCUCCUUCCUUUAUAUUGACCAAGGGGCCCAUAUGAGCUUUGUCAUCCUGUUCUGAUGUGCUUGGCCUCCCCACACCUGUGUACCACUUGUGCUAAAACCACUACCUGCUGGCAUGAGCCCACUUGAAUCAUUGCAGCACUUUGUCAAGGGAAAAUUGGACAUUCCUGACCAUGUCUGUGGAUCCCACAGCCUCUGAGUAGUUAGGGUACAAGCUGAGAAAGAGAGAGCUCAAGGAUUUGCUUCUUGUGUAAUUGGUCAAUUCAUAGAGCAAUGAAAGUCAUGAGCUUGGCCUCUUUGGCACUGAGCACUCUAGCUUUGAACUGGCAAGAUACUACUUUUUUUUGUGAAUAGCUGCAUUCUGAUUGAUGAUUUUUUUUCCUAAUGCCAGUGCCCACCUGUGAAGAAGAACCUAGUGUCUGUGUUUUUACAAAUUUCUUACUGGGAGAAUCAACGACCUGGGGUUGAAGGCUCAUGUGGGGUGUGCUCUACUGUGGCCAGGUGUUGUUCCAUUUUCUGUGAGGCUUUGGGAACAGUUGGGCAGAGAUAAUCUGCCCUGUAACUGUCAGUGACCAUGUAUAGACACUGCUGAUACCAUCUCUCCCCACCCCAUCUCCAUUUUCCUGGACUCUGUGCCAAAUCAGUUUUCCUCUGUGGUGCUUUAAAAAUGUAGCAAAUUUCUGUGGGGCCCAAAAGAGUGCAGUAAGGGACUACUGACAACCACAGUAGUUUAGAACCCAGAGUUGACAAGCUUCCUUAAUCCAAACAGCUCUCCCAGGCAGACAUGGGGACUCCUUCCUUGCAUGCAGCUAGUUCUGCGGUGAGGUCUAAGAUGACUUUAGGAGGCCCGUCAGGUCCUGGGGACAUUUCUUGGGACACAUUUAUCCCAGUAAGGCUACUGCCAUGGAUAACUGGACUCUGUGGUUAGGUUUUCCAUUACUUCCCCUACCUCACAGGCCACUGGAGGCUGACUGAACUCAUGCUUGUGAAUUGCUUAAAGCCCCCUGGAACCAGUGAGGUGUGCUGCUAGCAAGAUACUUCUAGAAGUAGCUAGAAUAUAGCUGAGGGCUUCUUAUGCCCGUGAUAUUGAGUCUCAAUCUGAAGAGUCAAUCUUAUUCCAGUUGCGCUUUUUCCUUGAGUUUUCUUGUGCUGGAGAUGUUGGCCAGAUGACAUUUCAACUUAACUCCCUUCUUCUUUCCCUCCCUUGGCCCUCUAAUAUUACAGUCUUUCCCUUCCCCAUGAGGGUUUUUUUUUUCACCUCGGAGGCCCUUAUUUUUUUCAUGAUGGAGGCUGGGAUUAUUUCCAUCCAGCCGUGUUGGAAGACCUAGAUGAGCUGGAAGGUCUGGGGCCAAUCCCAGCUCGCCAAGUAUUUUAGCAAGCAGGUGUCCAACUGUGAUCUGGAACCACAUGACAAGACAGUUAUCCUAAUGUGUCUUCUCCCUAACUAGCAGAGAGUCAGGGACAGACUCCAUGGACUAGAGCUGCCCAGUAGCUUGGGGCUGGGUGGUCAUGGGAGAGAGCAGGAAAUAGAAAGCUGGGGACUGGCCUGUGGUGGAGAGCAUGUGUCCCUUAGGGGGUGAGGACCCAGAUACAGGAGAGCCGGAGGCCACUCCUUGUGGCCUUGGUCUUGGCUCAGGUGCUUCUCAGAGUUCUUCCAGGUGGGGUGUAUCAAGCACUGUGGGAUGGUUCUUCAGUGUAUUGGAAAAAGACAAUGGGCAUAAUUCCUCGUGGUGCACACUUGGCUUUAUGAAUGCCCUGUACAUAUAUUUUCAAACUCUGUCUUUGUAUGGGUGUUGAUUUGAUAUAAUGCUAACACUUCAGUAGGCACAUUUUUGUUGUUUAGGGAUGUGUGUGUGUGUGUGUGUAUGUUUACAUGUGGACACAUUGCCUUUUCUAAUUGCUUAUCUGAUACAAUAGCUGGUGGGUGGCUAUAUUUGAACAAGGAGAGAUCCAGUGUAAAGGAAAAAAUGCCACCCCUGGGACAAGGCAGCCUCAUGACAAGGCCCUGUGUAAGCAAAGCUGAGAUUGGCUGCUGGCAUCGCCAAACUCACUGCCUUCCAUUCCUUCCCCCAAAAAAAGGCUUUGGAAGAAGAUGGAGCAGCUCCAUUUCGGAGUCUCUUCCCUGUGAGACCCUUACUCACACUGCUUUCUGUGGCAUCUGUGGCUGGAGGAAAUUUGAACGUCUUGAGUGGUGUGUGUGUGUGUGUGUGUGUUUGUGUGUGUGUGUGUGUGGUGUGCUCUCACUCAUGUAUGUGUGUCUGUAAGGAUAUGUGACUAUUGACUUUGAGAAUGGUGGGCUAGUUCCUUAGAUAUUUUUCAUUAUCAAAAGAAAAGGCUUUCAAUAUUCUUGAGAUGUGACUCACUUGUUCUCAACCAAAAACUUUGUAACACUUUUUAAAAGAAAAACAAAUCCCAAUCUCAUUCCUCCCUUGCCACCCAUUAUCUUGAGUUUUCAAAACGAAAGCACAACAGGAGACACGGGGUGCUCAGGUGCCGGUCUUAUGUGCACACCCCGCACAGCUCAGCUGUGCCCACUCAGGGGGCGUCAGUGCUGAGCAGUUGGCCCUGGGCGGCUGAGGCCUCCAUCGCUUCUUCCCCGCCGCACUGCCAUUCGUGUGAAUACCUUAGGGUGCUCCAGCAAAUGGAAUCAAGCCCAUGUUUUGGACAAUGUGUUUCGAGUGGGCCAAAUGUAAGGAAUUAGGGAUGGGAAAGUGGCUUUUUUGGGUUAAGAAGUUGGAGCCAGGUGCUUCUCCUCCUCUAAUGGAGGGAGACUCCCAACCCCCAGCCAGCAUUGGUGGUUUGACAACCCAAUGACAUCUCAUAAGAAGAAAACAAAAAUCC